AUUUAAAACUGUUUAUUUUUAUUCCCUUUCAGGAUUAAUUUAUUUUUGGAAAUCAAGUGCAAUAUUAAGAGGAAAACAAACUGUACUGCACAUUAUUGGAAGCCAUUUCUGCUAAUUUUAUUACAUUUUAAAAUUUAUGAUUUGAUUUGAAUGCUAUCAUGGGAGGAGCAGUGAGUGCUGGGGAAGAUAACGAUGACUUAAUUGAUAACUUAAAAGAAGCUCAGUAUAUCCGCACGGAAAGAGUGGAGCAAGCCUUCAGAGCAAUUGAUCGCGGAGAUUACUAUUUGGAAGGCUACAGAGACAAUGCUUACAAAGACUUAGCCUGGAAGCACGGGAACAUACACUUGUCAGCACCUUGCAUUUAUUCUGAAGUUAUGGAAGCAUUGAAACUUCAACCAGGAUUGUCUUUUCUUAACCUGGGAAGCGGAACCGGAUAUUUAAGUACAAUGGUGGGCUUAAUUUUAGGUCCUUUUGGAAUAAAUCAUGGGAUUGAGCUUCAUUCAGAUGUGGUGGAAUAUGCCAAGGAAAAACUGGAGAGCUUCAUCAAAAAUAGUGAUAGCUUUGAUAAAUUUGAGUUCUGUGAACCUGCAUUUGUGGUUGGCAAUUGCCUCCAGAUAGCAUCUGACAGUCAUCAGUAUGAUCGAAUUUAUUGUGGAGCUGGAGUCCAGAAAGACCAUGAAAACUACAUGAAAAUAUUACUGAAAGUUGGAGGCAUUCUAGUGAUGCCUAUAGAAGAUCAGUUAACACAAAUUAUGCGAACUGGACAAAAUACUUGGGAAAGUAAAAAUAUUCUUGCUGUUUCAUUUGCUCCACUUGUGCAGCCAAGUAAGAAUGAUAAUGGCAAACCAGAUUCUGUGGGACUCCCCCCCUGUGCGGUCAGGAAUCUGCAGGACUUGGCUCGUAUUUAUAUUCGACGCACACUUAGAAAUUUCAUAAAUGACGAGAUGCAGGCCAAGGGGAUUCCUCAGAGGGCUCCACCCAAAAGGAAAAGAAAGAGAGUUAAACAGAGAAUUAACACUUACGUCUUUGUGGGUAAUCAGCUUAUUCCUCAGCCUCUAGACAGUGAAGAGGAUGAAAAAAUGGAAGAAGAUAAAGAAGAGGAAGAGAAAGAUGACAGUGAUGCCAUGAAGCCAGAGGAGCCACCUCAGAAUCUACUGAGAGAAAAAAUCAUGAAGCUCCCCCUCCCUGAGUCUUUAAAAGCUUACUUGACAUAUUUUAGAGAAAAAUAACUUAAAUCACGAAGAAAGAAUGCCUACUGAUAAUUCCUUAAGUCUUGAAAAUGUAGCAUUUGUUAGAAGUUAAAGGAGAGAGAAAUCUCUCUUACCAGCGAAUUACAGUGGAGGGGGGGAGUAUAACGUUCUGUCUUACUAAUGAUGUAUUCAGUGAUUAAAAAUAAUCCCUUUUAUAAAAUAUAUUUUUCUUUAAAUCUUGGAAAAAUUGCUGUUUUAAUUCAGUGACUUCAAAAGUGGAAUACAACAAUAGUCAAGACUUUGUGUACUGUAAGUCUUUUUCUGGUUCCCCACAGAUUUGUAGUAGUGAGGGGUGGACUUCAUUUUAUAUAAGGUUAAAUAAUUGUUAAGCAUAUACAACCUUAUUUGAAUUGCAGUUUGCCUUUCCUCUAUGGAAACUCAAAUGCUUUGUAGACCCACUUACCUUCCUAUUUUUUGCAAUCACUGUUGCUGAGUUACUAUAGAUGCAUUCCGGGCAAUAUAUGAGUGCAAUAACAAUAAAACAUUGAGUAAUUUAGCUUUAAAAAAGCUUCAUGGAAUUCAACAGCACUGCUACUUUUGCUUUUGAAUCUAUUGCCAAAAGACACGGGGAAAAUACCUGCUUCUCUCAUAGAGAUUUUAAGAGCAUACAUCAAGUGAACAUUAAAGUAAAACGUAUAUGCUUAAUACUCA